AGAUUGGAGCGUCCAAAGUCAAAAGCAUAAUUCAUACUUAAGUCUUGUCUCUGCCUUCUGCUUUUCCUCUAUAAUUGCGUUGCGUUGCUUUGCUGCUUUGGUCAGUCAGUUGUGGUAGCUUUGUUCUACUUGAGAGUUUCAGACCAGUGAUUUUAGGAUGGCAAGCCAGCCAACUGAGAUCCCAAAAACAUUUUAUGACUUCACUGUUAAGGACGCUAAGGGAAAUGAUGCGGAUCUUAGCGUCUACAAGGGAAAAGUUCUUCUGGUUAUCAAUGUUGCCUCCAAAUGUGGCCUGACCAAUUCAAAUUACACAGAGCUGAAUGAACUAUAUCAAAAGUAUAAAGAUCAAGGCUUGGAGAUUCUGGCAUUUCCAUGCAACCAGUUUGGUGCUCAGGAACCAGGAAGCAAUGAGGAGAUUGAAGAUUUUGUCUGCACUCGUUUCAAAUCAGAAUUUCCCAUAUUUGACAAGAUUGAAGUGAACGGUGAUAAUACUGCUCCAGUGUACAAGUUCUUGAAGGCAGGCAAAUGGGGAUUCUUUGGAGAUGAUAUUCAGUGGAACUUUACCAAGUUUCUAGUUGACAAGGACGGGAAAGUUUCCGACCGCUAUUAUCCAACCACUCCCCCGCUUAGCAUUGAGCGUGACAUAAAGAAGCUGUUGGGAGUCUCUUGAAUGCUGAGAUGAGAUGUGAAGACUGCAACAUAUGCUUGCCUUUUGUGUAUCAGGAGGGAGAAAAAGUUCAAGCUUGCUUUUGUACGUUUGUUAUAUUAUUAGUGUGUGGCUUCAACACUUGUUAAGGGUGUUCCUUUGUUAAACUGAUGUCUGGAUUUCAAGACUUUUUAAGGUUGUACGUACAUUUAUAUUUAUGUGCGGUGCUAAAACAUGAAGCAAUUGCAGUCCCCGCCUGUUCCACAA